GCAAAGUAUAAAUACUUGAAGAUUCCGCCGAGUUCGUGAUUUGAAUGCAUUUGUGAAUUUUUAAUAUUUUUGCACCGCAUUUCGUUGCAUUGUACCAAAUCAAACCUUAUCCUCUUGACAGCGAUACCGUCUGAUGUCUUGGUUUAGAAGUCUCUGUAUAAACGCAAGUCGAUUUCACAAACCAUGCACCAUGCCUCCAGUUGAUGGAACAUCCCAAUGGCUACGAAAAACGAUAGAUUCAGCGGCUGUAAUAUUAUUUAGCAAGACGACUUGUCCUUAUUGCAAAAAUGUGAAGGAUGUUUUGGCUGAAGCCAAGAUUAAGCAUGCUACAAUUGAACUAGAUCAAUUAUCAAAUGGUUCGGCCAUCCAGAAGUCCUUAGCCAGCUUCUCGAAAAUUGAAACAGUUCCUCAAAUGUUUGUUAGGGGCAAAUUCAUCGGGGAUUCUCAGAUGGUACUAAAAUACCACCGUAAUAAUGAACUGACGAGUAUUGUCAAUGAAAGCAAGUAUGACUAUGAUUUGAUAGUCAUCGGUGGAGGAUCUGGUGGACUUGCUGCUGGAAAGGAGGCUGCUAAAUACGGUGCGAAAACAGCCGUUUUGGACUUUGUAGAACCUACUCCAAUAGGUACCACUUGGGGAUUAGGUGGGACGUGUGUAAACGUCGGAUGUAUCCCGAAAAAAUUGAUGCACCAAGCUGGACUCUUAAGUCAUGCUUUGGAAGACGCAGAACAUUUCGGAUGGAGUUUGGAUCGAUCGAAAAUUUCGCAUAAUUGGUCAACUAUGGUUGAGGGGGUUCAAAGUCACAUCGGUUCUUUGAACUGGGGUUAUAAAGUUGCACUAAGAGAUAAUCAAGUCACGUAUCUGAAUGCUAAAGGGAUGCUUAUAAGCCCUCAUGAGGUGCAGAUUACAGAUAAGAAUCAAAAAGUAUCUAUAAUAACUGGAGACAAAAUUAUCUUAGCUACUGGUGAACGUCCAAAAUACCCAGAAAUACCUGGAGCGGUUGAAUAUGGGAUUACAAGCGAUGAUUUAUUUUCUUUGCCAUACUUCCCGGGCAAAACACUAGUCAUUGGAGCAAGUUACGUUGCACUGGAAUGUGCUGGUUUCCUUGCUAGUUUAGGCGGUGAUGUUACCGUUAUGGUUCGUUCCAUUUUACUUCGUGGUUUUGAUCAACAAAUGGCUGAAAAGGUUGGUGACUACAUGGAGAAUCAUGGAGUCAAGUUUGCAAAGUUAUGUGUACCAGAUGAGAUCAAACAAUUGAAAGCAGUAGAUACUGAAAAUAAUAAGCCUGGACUUUUGCUUGUUAAGGGUCAUUAUACCGACGGUAGAAAGUUUGAAGAAGAAUUUGAAACGGUCAUUUUUGCUGUUGGUCGUGAACCACAAUUAUCGAAGGUUCUUUGUACAACCGUGGGUGUUAAACUAGACAAGGAUGGUCGAGUUGUAUGCACAGAUGAUGAACAAACUACAGUCAGUAAUGUUUAUGCCAUCGGAGAUAUUAAUGCUGGAAAACCACAACUAACUCCCGUGGCUAUUCAAGCUGGGCGCUACUUGGCUAAACGUUUGUUUGCUGGUGCAACUGAACUAACUGACUAUUCCAAUGUUGCUACAACUGUUUUCACUCCACUUGAAUAUGGGGCUUGUGGAUUGAGUGAAGAAGAUGCAAUUGAAAAAUAUGGUGAUAAGGAUAUUGAGGUGUAUCAUUCAAAUUUUAAACCUUUGGAAUGGACUGUCGCUCAUCGUGAAGAUAACGUUUGUUACAUGAAACUUGUUUGUCGUAAAUCUGAUCACAUGCGUGUACUGGGUCUGCAUGUUUUGGGUCCUAAUGCUGGGGAGAUAACACAGGGAUAUGCAGUUGCAAUUAAAAUGGGUGCGACUAAAGCAGAUUUCGAUCGUACAAUUGGAAUUCAUCCAACUUGUUCUGAGACAUUUACAACGUUACAUGUAACUAAAAAGUCUGGCGUGUCACCCACAGUGAGCGGUUGCUGAGGUUAAUUCCCCACUGAAGCCUUGAUCUCUUCCUUCUAAUCAACGGGAAGGAAACUGUAUUGGGCAUUGGUGGGGUUAUAUAAAUAUCUGUUACAUCUCUUCUUCAUUUUCUUCUGAAGGUACCUUCCUAUGAUCCAAAUUCUCAAAAAUCUUGUUCCAAUACGGAAUACUGAGUCUUUGGUGAUGUUUUGGUACUGAAAAGAGAAAAGACAUAGAUUUUUUACACUGCAAAAUUUCAUAUAAAUAACUAAUGGUUAAUUUGUUUUUGAACCAACAAUUAUCUUAGAAAUUACACUUCGUCAAUAUUUUUUUCAUUAAUGAUUAACAGUUAUUUGUAAAUUCGACUUAGUAUGGUCAGAUGAAGUUACUUUACAAAAUAAAUGUUAUGUGACAAAAUAACUCUUUUCUGAUGUUGUACUUCAUUAUUGAAAUGUGUAAAGCAUGUCCCUACAGACCAUUUUACUGUGAGAUCAUUUGCUCAACCAUAAUCUUUAUUUUCAGUGAAACUGAUCAUUCAGUGAAGUUUAUUGUGUAGAGUUAAACAUUGUUUUGAAAUUCAAUACAUCAACUUUGGUAUGGUCGAGGGUGGGGAGAAUCCUCUCUCCCUCUGGAAAUGCUCUCACAUGACCACGCGUAUAUAACCACUGUCACAGAAGUCCUACUCAUUUCCUCUCGCGGCAGGAGUGUGUUUACGAAAUCGAGAGGACGUAAAGCGAAUGUCCAGCACCGGUUUGGUGGACGCAGGGGUCCACUUAGGGGAGUUGGAAAACCGUAUUUAUUUACACAUAUUUAUUUUAACGCAUAAAUAUUGGUGUAAAUGGGCAACCCGGUUAAAGCUCUGGAUAUUCGCUUUUCGUCCUUUCAAUUUCGUAA